UGAGACGACAGUAGUUUGUUUGGGUUUUUGGGCAAUUUCAGAACGUAUUUGCAUGGUGCAAUCUCUCUGUGAUGAAUUUGGCCGAAUAUGAGGUGAAAGCUUGCCCAUCGACCAUCUAUUAUGUGCCAAAUUUCAUCUCGCGAGAAGAGGAAACCCAAAUACUGCAAGCGGUAUCCAACGCACCGAAACCCAAGUGGACACAGUUGAGCAAUCGGCGGCUGAUAAACUAUGGCGGUAUCCCGCAUCCAAAGGGUAUGAUAGCAGAAACCCUUCCCCGCUGGUUGGACCAGUUCGUGGAUCGCAUCAAUCGGUUGGACGUGUUCGAGCCGGGAACGAAAGCGAAUCAUGUGCUGGUGAACGAGUAUUUACCCGGACAGGGAAUUAUGCCGCAUUUGGACGGGCCACUUUUCCUCCCGACUAUCACAACCAUUUCGUGCGGCUCACACACGGUGCUAGAGUAUUUUGAGCAGACGGAAGGUGAGCCUACGUUGGCUGCCGGUGGUCCGUUGAUAAGACAGUGUGUAGCUAGGCUACUGAUUGAGCCGCGAAGUUUGCUGGUCGUGAAACACGACAUGUACCACCGGUAUUUGCACGGCAUCCAAGAACAGGAUCACGAUGUGAUCGAUGAACGAAUAGUGAAUCUGGUUACCGCCGAGGCCGACGGCGGUGCCAAAUUUGGAGAUGUGCUCCCCAGGACAACGCGACUUUCUUUGACCAUUCGCCAUGUUCCUAAGACAACUAAAAUGAAAAUAAAACUAUUUUAA